UGGUGCAACAAAUAAAAGUUAGAGAGAGAAAGAGAACCCAAAGAUAAUUAAAAAAAAAAAAUUUUUUAAAUAAAAAAUAAAGCAUAAUUUUUUUUCCUUGGUCUUGGUGUGUGUGUGGGUUGCAGUAGUAAUAUAUGUAUGGUCUUUGCUUUGGCUUGCACUCUCUCUCUCUCUCUCUUUCUCUCUUUCUUUCGCUUGUUGAAAUCUGACCUCAAAGAUCACUUCUGGGUCUGAGCUAUAAACCAGCCAAAAAUCUUUUAGAGAGAGUCAAAUCUUAUAUAUUUUUUUGUGCACCGAUGAGGAUCCGUAAAAGACAGGUACCUUUCCCUCUCUCAUCUCUAUCUCCGGUUCCUCUCUCAGAUCCCCUCCUCAACCGGUCACCGGUGGUGCAACUCCAGCUCCACAAUACCACACAACCAAAAGCCUCACACCCACUUGAAAAUCUCUCCCCACAAAGUGAUAGAUAUGCCCACUUUGGUCCUCAGCCGUCUGAUCAGCCCAAUCAACGUCUCCCUCCGAUCCGUGGAGGAAGCAAAGGCUUGGAUUUCUCUGAUGAUGUUGCUAGUGGGCCACACAACGAGGUGAAGAAGAAAGAUUGUUUGGAGUUGUUUUUGCAAGGAAAAGAUGAGAGAGGCGGAGUGGAAGAGAAGAGUAAUGAUACCAGGAUGGGAGGCAUUUUGGGUGCAGAAACUGUUACUGGGGUUCUUUCAGAAUCAAGUGCUUCCCGUCAAGCAUCUGGGAGAUGGUGUGAGGGAGAGAAAGCAUUUCCACCGAAGAAAAGGAGAGGUACAUUCGAAAGGAGAGCAGGAAAUAAUGAUGAAGAUGCGAUAAUGGAGAAAGAUAAGAAAAUGAAGACUAAGAUGAAGACGAAGAUGAACAAGAAAUGUGCGGCGCAACAAAACGAUAAUAACAAAGAAGAAGAAGAAGGAGAAGAGGGUGAGGAGAAAGAAACAAAGGACGGUGUUGAUAAUGUUAGUAAUGGUGGUGGUAGCAAUAUUGCAAAGAAGAGAGCAAGAGGUGGUGCACUCAUGGAAGGAUCGCGGUGCAGUCGCGUUAAUGGAAGAGGAUGGAGGUGUAUGCAACAGACCCUUGUGGGUUACUCUCUUUGUGAGCAUCACUUGGGUAAAGGGAGGCUAAGAAGCAUGACAAGCGUUCGAAGCCGAUCCUUGGCUAGUACUACUGCACCAAAGUUGGAUGACUCUAACUCUAACUCUGACCCACCAGCGACACUUUCAACCUCGUUUGAGGAUAAUAAACAAAAGGAUAUUAUGUUAGACAAUGAUAUUGCUGGAGCUGAAGAUGAAAAGAAGCCAUCAAUAUCGGUCACAAAAAAAAGGAUGAAGCUUGGGAUGGUGAAAGCACGUUCAAUAAGCAGCUUGCUAGGCCAAACAAACAAUGGAAAUAAUGUUGUGCUUGAUAAUAACAACUAGGGAAAAAUAUUUAUAU